ACGCCGGUGACGUACUCCCGCCAAUUCGGACCGAGAAGCGCGAGGCGGGCGGUGGAGAAGACUUGCGGAGUGUGUUGGAACAAAUGAGAGAUUCAUGUCGGCUGCUUAAGAAACACAAAAUACCGACUGUAAGAUUCUUGUGUGCAAACUUUAUCCCCCCACAGAGAAGCAGUCAGCGUGAUGGCGGCGGAAACGGCAUCUGUGGAAGGACUUUUAGCCGCCUCGACAACCCGAAGACGAGGUAUGGGUCGUAAAACAAGCAGCAAUGCCAACAAGAAACUAGUACAAGCUCGCCUGCCUUUCAAGCGUCUGAACCCUGAAGGUCAGGAGAAGGACGUGUCCAAGCGUCCUCGUCCACACGCGUGUCCUGAAGCACACCAGUCUGACCGAGAGAACGCCAACGAGUCGUCCCCGCUCGCUGUGCUCGCGAAAACCCCUUUGGUGGACGGUCGAGGCCCCCUGGAUUGCUUCCUGAGCCACAGACGCCCCUCGGCUCCAGACCAGGGCUUCAUCGACCUGACUGAAGACACCUUGUCUCCUGUCAAGUCCCUCACGUCAGAGGCGGCUCCUGCCACAUCCGUGAAAGACCAAGCAACAACCUGGUCCCCCAGGAAGACCAGCAGUGCGGACAAUCCGGCUGCCAAGCAAGAACUAGCCAAGGAGGUGCAGGACCAAGACAAAGCAACAACCUGGUCCCCCAGGAAGACCAGCAGUGCAGACCAUCCUGCUGCCAACCAAGACCUAGCCAAGGGGGUGCAGGACCAAGACCAAGCAACAACCUCGUCCCCCAAGAAGACCGGCCGUGCGGACCAUCCGGCUGCCAAGCAAGACCUAGCCAAGGAGGCCCAUGACCAAGACUUGGCACAGCUCAAUACCACACGGGAGAGUGAUGGGGAGGAGCUGAAGGUGUCCCACAAUGUCUCCAGUUUGGGGAAUGUGUCCACGCAGUCACCAUCAUCCAGCACUUCCACACCUGAGAGCUCACCUGAGAGGAGCAAGCCUGAUGGACUCACACCGAGCAGCACACCUUCAGAGCCAGCAAACACUCCUAAAGUCCCUGCAGAUCAGAAAAGGACGAAAAGACGCUCGUUAAAGACUCAACAGGAGCAAGAGGCCAGGCUGCGUGUGCGCCAAGAGAGGGAGCGGCUGAAGGAAGAAGCCAAAGCUGCCAAAGACAAGAAGAGGGAAGAGAGCCGCCGGCUGAAAGAAGAGCGCGAGAAGGAGAAGCGCGAGAAGAAGGAGAAGGAAGAGCAGGAGAGACGGGAGAAGAAGGAGAAGGAGGAGUGGGAAAAGGCAGAGAGGGUCAAAGCAAAGGAGGAGCAACGCAAAUCCAAGAUAGAGGCCAAGCUGGAGGAGAAGCGAAAGAAAGAGGAGGAGAAGCGCAUGAAAGAAAAGAAAGAGCGGAUCAAAGCUGAAAAAGCAGAGAUCACCAGGUUUUUGCAGAAAUCUAAAAUCCAGCAGGCUCCAAAGACUCUGGCCGCUGCCUGUGGGAAGUUUGCUCCCUUCGAGAUCAAAGAAAACAUGUACAUGGCGCCGCUGUGCCGGGUUGAGUGCGAGGAGUCAGCCCUGGAGGAGCUGGACCGCUACUUGUCGCACCCCACUGACAGCCCCCGCUCACUGGGGGACUGGAUCAACCAGAAGCCUCGCCGGUCAGAUCCUACCAGAGCCAGAUUGCCCAACACUGUUAGGGACUGCAUAGCCGUGGAUGGGCCCACAGGAGAAGGCGUGCCGGACCGCCAACAAUAUGGACCCAUGAAGCUGCUGCUGUUUCACCAGAACCACCGACCAGCUUACUGGGGCACUUGGAGGAAAAAGAGUCGGCACAUCACAGCGCGCUGCCCCUUCAGACAGGACAAGGACCUGUUGGACUAUGAGGUGGACAGCGAUGAAGAAUGGGAGGAAGAGGAGCCUGGAGAGUCCCUGUCACACAGUGAAGGGGAGGACGAGGAGGAAGGAGGUGAGGAGGACGAGGACGAGGACGACGGCUUCUUGGUUCCUCACGGCUACCUCUCAGACGACGAAGGGGCGCUGGAAGAAGAGGAGGGCGGCGACCUGGAGAAGCAGAAACUGCAACAGAAAGUGAAAGCGAGGGAGUGGGAUGAGCUGAUGUCCACCAAGAACAAGAUGAGGGUGUUGCAGCCAGUCGUGAGGGGCUGCGUCUGGGAAGGGGGAGACGCGCCCUCCUCUGACCUCCUCCAGUCCUACGCCGUCUGCAUCAUCCAACCUUUAGUCAAGGCGGACGCCAGCCCCAGCUCAGAUGAUCAAAGGCAGAAAUUGCUCGGUCAGCUGCUGCCGCUGCUACACGGAAACAUGAACAGCAGCAAAGUCAUCAUCGACGAGUUUCAAGAGUUUUGUCGCCGGCAGACCUCGUCCUCCAUGUUGUCCACAGAACUGUCCAGUCCAGAGAACUCCGCGGACGUUCCCACUCGGAUCAAGGUGAAGCGUCUGAUCAAGACCAACGCCGUGUACGAGAAGCGCUCCACUUACAGACGCUGCUGCUGGUACGUUCACGCUGACGUGCUGACUCGCUUUUCCCUGGACACUCUGCCUGUGCCGUGCCACUGGUCCUACCUGACCUGCGGCGCUCGAGAGGAGUCCUCCCGUGAAGAGAACCACGUGGCCACGGGCUCCCGGGGGAACUCCCCCAGCACGCCCCAGACCUCCUCCGCCACCUGGGCCGCCUCCAACAAGAGGAAGAGCGCCGGCAGCAUGUCUAUCACCAAAUUCAUGAAGCGCUGCAGCGAGCAUGAACGGGCGGAGGAGGCUGACGGUUUUCAAGCUGACACAGAAGAUGAUGACGACUGCAUCAUCGUCUCUACGCAGAGCGGUUCAGUCAGAGAGAAGUCGUCCACCGAAGGAGAAGACCUGAUGGACGUCACACCCUCCAACAUGGCCACUCUGCCGCUGGCCAGCGCUGCUCCCACUUUGGCCCCAGCCUAAGAACUGUUGGCCCCAGCCUAAGAACUGUUGGCAGUGUGCUGCUCCAGGCUGCUCCCAGGUCACAGGUGUGUUGAAGACGCGCACAGGUGUGUGGACCAUGCGCACAGGUUUUUGCGAACUACGCGCACAGGUGUGUGUGUGUGCAUGGACUACACGCACAGGUGUGUGUGUGCGGACCACACACACAGGUGUGUGGACCACACACUUGCUGUGACAAGUAGAGCAUUAUUUAGGGUCCCACACACACCCCCUUGUAUUUGUGUAUAUAAGACGCAUUCUUUCCCACCCUGGACAAGCUCAUUGUGUACCUGCACAGGUAGAGCCAGUUAACAGAUGUUUUAUAAGAUGUAUUGUCUCUGUUGUGGAAGAAUACUUGAAGAUAAAGUUCAUUAAAUCGGAAGAAAAUGUUUUUUCUUUUGUUUGCAAGCGUGUUGUCUGCC